AUGUCAUGCAGUACCUCGAGCGUUUCGCGGGUACACUCCCCUUCAGUUGGGUCAGAGCGCCCCGGUAAAUCCGCUCGACUUUUUCAACGUGGAAGAGACACUGCUUUUAAGGAUGGAAUAAUUCUGCUGCUGCUUAUAGUGUCGCUGGCGGCUGAGUCUCCGGUGGUUAUCGGGGGUCUUCCAGAAAGAUUCAAAAGGCCUUCUACGUAUGUCGACGAAACAGGAUUCAAAGGGCCUUCUACGUGUGUCGACGAAACAGGCUCUCACCCUGAUGGCUCCACCUGGUAUCUGGAAGGAUGCCGAAUGGGAGAAUGCCAACGCAGUGGGAUGGGCAUGCUUACCACCCAUUUCUCUUGUUACUUGGAGAGUCUUCCCGACGGCUGUGAAGUGGUGCAAGAUAACACUUUGAAUUUCCCUGAUUGCUGCCCCACAGCUAAAUGCUCCUGAGAACGAUUCUGAAUUGUACCCUCAGACGACUGCAAUUGUCAGCAUUGCAUGGUUUCACU